AUGAAUUUCUACCCAGUGCCCCCUACCAUCAAAGCCGAGCUGCACGUGCGGGUGCCGGACCAUCUGCGAUCACAUCUUCCUCGAAGGCCUGUCGCUGACGAGGAUGGCAACCUCUUCAUUGUGGACGUCCCCUACGGCAGGAUCCUCAAGAUCAGCCCUUCUAAAGAAGUCAGCGUGGCUGCCUAA